CAACUCACAGCUUGACUUUGCUUUUGAAUAUAAUCACCAUACAAAACAUUACAACAGCUAAUCAAUUGUUUACAUUUGCCUUGCUGAAUGCUACUACUGAUUGAUUGGUUCAGAAUUGCAUCUUUAUAUUCCUUAACACCAGAAGUUACACCUUAAACUAUUAAGGCUAUCUCUUUCUAGAACAUUAAACUAUUGGGCUCUGUUAUGUCUGAACUGGACACUGUUUAGGAGGUCAUUCCAUUUGAUAUGGGAGUAAGCUUUAGCCCUUGGACUUUAGCUGUAUAUAAUGACCUUUUAAUUAAACAUUAAUAAUGUUAUUAGGUCCUGCCUCUUAGUGCUUUCCUGCUUGGCAUCUCUCUGAUGGACCAAUCUAAUCACCCAAAGCAUCUUACCAACCACCACAAAUAUUGUUGUAUAAUAAUACUUCCAUUUGCCAACCAUCACUUGAGCUUGGGAGCUUAAGAAAACCAUAUCACCUUCUCUCUCUUCCUCCUCUCCCUUUCUCUCUCUAGCCAUUUCUUGAGGUAGAAAAAAGAAGACAGAUAGAGGCUUCCAUUUGAUAGUUCAGACUUUAGAGUUCAGAGUAGAGAGAGAGAGAGAGCAAUGCAAGGUUUCAGCUUUGCGGCCAUGGAGGAGUUCACGUUCCCCAGCGUCGCACCGGAGCGAUGCAACGCCGGCAAGAAGCCGCCUUUCUCCCCUCACUUCGCCACCCCGCCGCCGUGGUUUGGCGGCGGCGUUGUCGUCGACGCGGUGGUGUACGAUCACCGGAGGAGCUUCUCGGCCGUCGAGAAGGGGGAGGAAGAAGGCACGGUGAGAGGCGGCUGGUACUAUUGCUACGACGACGGCGGCUGCGGCAAUGUCUCGGCGAGGUUCGCCGGCGGCGAGGAGACCAAGACGAUGGACAUGCUGUGGGAGGACUUCAACGAGGAGCUCUCCCGGGCGGCGGCGGCGGCGCCGUGCCCGCUGAGCAAGGAGUGGACCAAGGAGGCGUGGCUCGCCGGCGACGGCACCCCCGAAAUGCGCCGCCAUGCCGCCGCGGCGGCGGCGGUGGCCUCCGGCAGCGUGGUCCGGCGGAGGCGGCUGAGCUUGCUGAUGAUGCUGAAGCUGCUCAAAAAGCUCUUCUUGGCUCACAAAUCCAAUGCUGCAUCAAGAAAGGCACCACCAAUCUGAAAAUUCUGAUUGACAGUCAGAAGAAGCAGUAGAUGAUUGCAUGCAUGAUAUACCAGGUGUAUAUAUCGAUCGAUCUAUACAUUUUUCAUCCUACCAGAAUCCAGAGUUUGACUCAUAGUUAAUGGCUAUGAUUCUUUUCUUUUUUCUUCUUCUUCUUCUCUACUUUUGAUUUUCUGAUGAAUGUUCAGGCCUUCAGGGUUUUGUCUCUUUUGUUUGUCUGAUGAAUGUUCAGGGUCUGAUACUCUCUGAUCCCGCUCGUCUUUUUUGUAAUGCCAUUGGAUUUGGCGUCUGUUUGAUACUACUUGAUUUUAGCUGCCGAAGAACAUACUGAAAUGAAGGAACCCAUUGGGUUUCUUGUCUGAA